AUGACAAUGCUGCAGAAUUUAAGGAAAAAUUUAAAUACUUCUAAGAAGGAUAAAACCCAGCUGUGUGGUAAGUUUGAAGGUAUAAACACAACUCAUGGUGACCAUGGUCAUGCUUUGAAUAAUAAAAAUGGUACUACUCUCUAUAGAGACAUAUAUUUUGAUGAGAUAGACCUCGGGUCAAUGAGAGCAAUGCCAAAUAAAUUCGAUUCUUCCGGUACUGUUUCUGGAUCAACCUCAAUAAUGAAUUUAUCUCUGACGACUUCGAAUGGUAGUAACGGUACAAACAAUAAUAUUAGAACUGUCGGCGGCAAUAGCAAUAAAGAAGCUAACUAUAUAUUCGGAGAAAAAUUAACAAAAUGCAUAACUGAUGAUGAGUCUGAUCAUCAAAAUUAUGAUCUUUCAAAACGGAAGUAUUUCACAGAUAUCCCUGCAUUAGAAAAUUUAGAGUUCUAUAAUCAUAAAGAAAAGGGUAAACGUAAUCAUAGAGCAAAUGACAACCAGAAUUUGUUUGAUAACCAUCACUCAUUCAUACAAGAUAUCACAAACGAUAAACAAACUGAACUGCUAAGGUAUUUAGAACCAUGUAAGGGUGUAUACCCACCUAGUUAUGAUGAGGUUAAUGCAAACAAAUUGGUAAGGUUCCCUAUUUAUGAACAUACAUUGCCUUGCAGCGCUUCGGAUAUGCCGCCCACGUAUGAAGCGACAAUAGAUAAGUUAACAAUUGCAUCCGUUAAGUUUGAAUGGACUUCUCCAUUUGAUAAGAUUAAGAAUCCAAUAUGGAAAAAUUUUAUAGUAGAGUUGAAUUCAACCCAAUUGAAUUUUUACGAACUUGACAAGACCCUAACAUUAGAUAUUUCAAAUUAUACCAAUAAUCUUCCAGAACAUGAUGAAAAUCCAAACAAUAAUUUAACGCAAGGAUCAAGUUCAAUAUCGUCUGCCUCUUCAACAUCAUCAUCUUCUUCUAAACACGGAUAUUUCAAGUUUGGAAACAUAUUUAACACAACGCCAAAGUCAACUUAUGUCUUCAAUAAACGUGAUAGAGAUAGAAUAGUCGAUACAGUUUCAAAACAUAAGCCAAGAUAUUUAAAUUAUAAAAAUUUAUUCAAAAGUUAUUCGUUGCAGUUUGGUAAACUUGGCUUACCUGUCGAUUACCCACAUAUGUUGAAUGGUUUAAGGUUGAGGUUGGAAGGCGAACAAUGUUUACUUAAUUUCCCCACAACUGAUGAUGUGAUUUUAUGGAUAAUGUAUCUUGAAGUGGGGAUCAGCAUAUCUUUAGAUCUGGAUUUAAGACAACCACCAAACUACAGAAUCGUACCGAGAAGGUCUAGGUAUGAAAAUAUCCACACAGACAAUUUAAGUGGGAAUUUAGGAAUAAAUGAAAAUGCCUCUAUAAAUAGUCUAAUGACAACAUCAUUAGGUGACGCCACAAAUAAUUAUAAUGGAACCAAUAGAACAUUCAGAUCAAACUCUGUGUCGACUACGUCAUCAGUAGUCAGCUAUGGUGAAUCGGUAAGAAGCCAAAAUGGAAGAAGAUUCAGUAAUGCAUCCAUCAGCACUGAAACUAGUAAUUUACUAGCUCCCACAAUUUCACAUAAUAUAAACCUAAGAAAUAGCAGUAUAGGGGGGUUACCUAUAAACUAUGCAAAUGUUCCUUCUAAUAUUAGUAACAACACGAUCCAUAGGGACAUGCUAUCAUUGGAAAAAACUGUAUCGAACAACAAAGGAAGAAACUGUUUAUUAAAGGAUUCUGCAAAUACUGGUUCCUGCUACAAUUCAUUAACAGGGAGGACGUCUGAAGAUCACAACAACAAUAAAAACCAUAACAUAGGUGGAAAACUAAAAGCACUAUUCAAAGCUACCGAUGAGCAUCUACCGGGCGAACAUAAUGGAAAUUCGAAACCUUCAUAUCCAGAUAAUAAUUUACAUGUUAUACUUACCGAUUAUUCAAACAAUGAAACUGGUUUAGCUCAAAGAACAUUCAAUCAAAACAAGAUACCUCCAAUUAGACCUCAUGUUAGGAGGUAUUCGAAUACCAUCGAUCCUAUUCACAAUGAUAUUCAUACAGUGUCUGAGUUUGGGUUAAUGUCACCAUUACAUGAAAUGUCGACAAAUAGUUCUCAUGCAAGUCGUUUACGUGCUGAACCAUUAUCAAUUUCUGAAGAUUUUUAUGACAUUAACGAAAUAAAUAUGCUAUCAAGAGAGACCACAAAUAAUUCAGAUUUCACACAAGGGUUGUAUUACACCACAACAAAUCCAGAUAAUGCAUCACUUUGGAGAUCAAGGAGUCACUCUAUUGCAGGCCAAGAACAACACAAGGCCUCUCUUUCUCAGAGUACUAUAGAACACCAGAGGGGGUUUUCUGACAACAAUCAUCUGAAAUGCCCAACAAAUGCUAUUAAUCCCAAUAAUCCUAAUAAUUACACCAAUAGUUCUUUGGUAAGUCAUGAUACCCGUCAUACUGAACUAGCUAAUUUCAACAAUGAGAGCAGUCUUUCUGAACAGAAUUCAGUUUAUUCUGCUAGUGAAUUUUCUGAUAAGUUCAUCAGAACUAGAUCACACUCUAUUAGCAGCACAUUAUCAUAUUUACAUAACACAGAAGAUUAUGACGAUCCUUCUGAUAUGGAUAAGAAAUGGAAACCAAAGGGAAUAUACAUUUCAAGAAGAAAAUUUAUAAGAGAUACAUUAAGAUGCAUAAAGCCUUUAACUGACGAAACAAGAUGGGUUGGAAAAGCAGUUUGUAGAUGUACUGAUAAGCCUAGAAACCAGUAUAAAUUACAAGAAAUACAGUAUGGUGAAGUUAAAUCGAAUAACCUUUUCCAAACUGAAAGUAAUGUUGUUUCGAAACAACACAAUGAAGAAAACGAAUAUGAUAACAAUUAUCGAAUCAAAAACCACUUUUUAAAGCUUUUGAUUGUAGGUAAAAAUAAUUUUAAAACAAACGUAUCAGCUGUUUAUAAAAUGAAUACUUGA